AUGGCGUCCGGAGGCACGGGCAGUUUUAACACUAUCAAGGUUGUCGCGCGAUUUCGGCCGCAAAACAAAAUCGAAGUUGCCAACGGCGGCCAACCAAUCGUCGAAUUCGAGUCGGAGGAAACAUGUCGGCUGAACUCCAGGGAUGCCGCAGGGGCGUUUACUUUCGACCGAAUAUUUGAUAUGGGCUGUCGCCAGCAGGAUGUUUUUGAUUUCUCGAUCCGUUCCACUGUUGAUGACAUUUUAAAUGGCUAUAAUGGAACGGUUUUUGCCUACGGCCAAACUGGUGCCGGUAAAUCUUAUACGAUGAUGGGGUCUGACAUUGACGAUGACGAGGGAAAAGGGAUAAUACCACGAAUUGUGGAGCAGAUGUUUACAAGCAUUUUGACAAGUCCCGGGAACAUUGAAUAUACCGUUCGUGUGAGCUAUAUGGAAAUAUAUAUGGAGCGGAUUAGGGACCUUUUACUGCCACAGAAUGACAAUCUUCCCGUUCACGAGGAAAAGUCUCGCGGUGUAUAUGUGAAAGGGCUGUUAGAAAUAUACGUGUCCAGUGUCCAAGAAGUAUACGAGGUUAUGCGGAGAGGCGACGCUGCGCGUGCUGUUGCUGCAACGAAUAUGAACCAGGAAUCUUCACGAUCACAUUCCAUUUUUGUGAUUACCAUUACGCAAAAAAAUGUUGAGACAGGAUCCGCUAAAAGUGGUCAACUAUUCCUCGUGGAUCUCGCAGGUAGCGAAAAGGUGGGAAAGACAGGGGCCAGCGGGCAGACAUUGGAAGAAGCGAAAAAGAUCAACAAGAGCUUAAGUGCUCUAGGGAUGGUUAUCAAUGCUCUGACGGAUGGAAAAUCAACACAUAUACCCUAUCGUGACUCAAAACUCACCCGAAUAUUGCAGGAGAGUUUGGGUGGGAAUUCACGAACUACCCUGAUAAUAAACUGUUCACCUAGUAGCUACAAUGAUGCUGAGACUAUAAGCACCCUUCGAUUCGGCGUAAGGGCCAAGGCAAUUAAGAACAAGGCAAAGAUCAAUGCAGAGCUGAGCCCUGCAGAGUUGAAAAUGCUGCUGAAAAAAGCACAGAGCCAAGCUGUCACGUUCGAGAAAUACAUUGCGUCCUUGGAGUCUGAACUUCAAUUGUGGAGAAAUGGCGAGACUAUUCCCCAUGAGAAAUGGACACCUUUGAGAAUAGGCGAAGGCGUUUCGGGGAUCAAAACAGAAGCUAAGGCACCAAGACCCGCAACACCCUCCCGGCUCCAGGCGGAGACGCGUUCAGAGACGCCAGGCAGUAGACCGGACUCUAGAAUAGGCGAGCGCUCUAGCACACCGUCUGUCUCGCUGGAGAAGGAUGAGCGUGAGGAAUUUUUAAAACGUGAGAAUGAUCUUCAAGAUCAGCUGGCUGAAAGGGAAUCUCAAAUUGCCAACGUGGAAAAAUUGUUACUCGAUAAGAAAGAGGAGCUCAAGUUAAUGAAAGACACGACUUUGCGAACAGGUAAGGAUAAUGAGAAAUUAAUUUCGGAAGUCAACGAAUUACGAAUGCUACUUGAAAAGGUUUCAUUCGAAGGCAAGGAGGCUGCAAUCACGAUGGAUACACUGAAGGAUGCAAACUCUGAGCUUACAACCGAACUGGACGAGUUAAAACAGCAGCUUUUGGAUGCCCGGAUGAGCGCGAGGGAGACGAGCGCGGCGCUAGAUGAGAAGGACCGAAAAAAAGCUGAGCGUAUGGCUCAGAUGAUGGCAGGCUUCGAUUUAAAGAUGGAAUUCUUUUCUGAGAACGAGCGAAAAAUACAAAAGUUAGUAGAGCGUGUUGAUUCUCUACACACCACGAGUUCUUCGGGUGAAGUCGUCGCACCGGAUGAGUUCCUUGAAAUACGAUCCUCGCUGGUGGAAACCCAGGGCGUAGUUCGGCAAGCCGAGCUCGCAAUCAAUGACCGGAGCGGAGUCACGGCCGAAACAGAUGCCAAAUUGCUUGACGGGAUAGUCAAGCUUCAGCGGGAGCUGGAGAUGGCAUUAGAAAACAAUCUCGACACAAAAGAUUUGUCGGAGAUUAAAGAUAAAGUUGAAAAGGCGUACAUAGCGCGAAAGGAUAUCGAUAUCCUAGAAAUUAACGGCUUACGCCGUGAAAUAAGUCGAAAGGACGAGGAGCUGUCACAUCUCAAGCAAUCGUUAACGGAUUAUCGCUCCCAGCCAAAUGGCUCUGGUAACGGUACGCCGACCAUUAGCAGCAAGACUCUCCAUCAGCAGAUUGCAGACUUCGACGCGAUGAAAAAGUCCUUGAUGAGAGACCUCCAAAACAGAUGUGAGAGAGUUGUAGAGCUUGAAAUUUCACUUGACGAGGCUCGCGAACAAUAUAAGCAUGUCGUUCAGUCUUCGAACAACAGGCAACAGCAGAAGAAAAUGGCAUUUCUUGAAAGAAACCUGGAGCAGUUAACGCAUGUUCAGCGGCAGCUGGUGGAGCAGAACAGCAAUCUCAAAAGAGAAGUGGCCAUUGCGGAGAGGAAACUUAUUGCUCGCAACGAAAGAAUCGAGAGCUUGGAGACUCUGCUGCAGGACAGUCAAGAAAAGCUGACAGCAGCAAACCACCGGUACACCCCACUCCCCUUUAGCACUUUGACAUUUCGCAUAGAUAGACGACUUGCUAACCGUUGCCCAUGUAGCUUUGAGGCGCAACUAACUGCAGUCAAAGAGCGCCUAGAGGCUGCGAAAGCAGGGUCGACACGCGGUCUUUCUGCAUCGGAGACCUCAUCCUUCAGUUUUGGAGGCCCACGAAUAGCAAAACCGCUCCGUGGCGGCGGGGCAGAGCAUCCCAACCCCAUUAUCUCCAACGUCCAGGCGCAGGAUGCAGCAUCUGGCAAAGGUAAACGAACGAGCUGGUUCUUUAACCAGCGAUGA